UAUCACAAAACAGAGACACAUUGCUAACGAGAAAUUGAUUUCCCUUUUCGAAUUCCCUCCCGCAGCUUCGUCAGAUCCCUUUCUCUUCUUCAAUACAGAAACAAACACAGCAGCUUCAACUCAUAGAAAUCUGUGUUUGGAUCAUCAGAAACAGAGAAGGACAUAUAAAUGGGGUGCAGAAACAGAGAGCUCACAGAAGAUGAUGCGGUUUCUUCUUCUUCUUCAUUAAGCGAGGCCUUGCUGUUUGCGACCAUGUGCAUCAUUGGUCUCCCAGUCGAUGUUCACGUCAAGGACGGCUCUGUCUACUCCGGAAUCUUCCACACUGCUUCUGUGGAAAAUGAUUACGGCAUUGUUUUGAAGAAAGCAAGGAUGACUCAAAAGGGAAAAUCUGAUGCGAAUGUAGCAAAUGGGGAGUUGAUAGACACUCUUGUGAUUCUUUCUGGUGACCUUGUCCAAGUUGUUACAAAGGGAGUUUUACUUCCAGCUGAUGGUGUUGCUGGAAAUAUGUCUGGUGACAGAACUGAAGCUGUUACGGGUACUGUUUCUUCUGAUGAGUGUUCAAAGAAUGGUGCGAAGAAGUCAAGUGAGUCUGCCAUAAAUAAGAAGAAGGGUGGAAGGGUGCUAAUGCAAAAUGGGAAUGGCUUUCAUGGUGUUACACCCACAAGGGCUGGCAAGGAACAUGGAGGGAGGAAUAUGCCACUGAAUCAUAUUGAGAAUGCCGCAGAACUUGAAAAUAAGAGAAGUGAUGAGGUAAACUUAUCAGAGAUUAGAGAAUCCUCUGGUGCCUGCAUGAACAGGAGACAGGUGGAUGAUGGGUCUCAAGGGAAGCAGGAUGAUUUCAACCAGAAAUUAGAGGUUUAUAGGAAAGAAAGUGCUGACAAAGUUCAGGAUACAAAGAUGACAUCCAAGCUAUUUCCUUUCGGAGUGUCUUGUGAUCCUUCUACUGUAAUUGUUCAACGAGACAUUCAGUGCUGUGAAAGGACAACUUCAGAAUACACUUCUUCCGGUUCAAAUGUUGUUUCUUCAGGUUCCUCAACUUUGUUGAAGCCAGCUGCUAAUGUCUCAAGUCGUAAUUCAGAAACAACAUCAACUGAAAUGAUCCCUCAUGGUUCAGAGUUAAAUAAAAGUGGCAAGGAAUUUAAGCUCAACCCAGGAGCAAAAGUAUUCUCGCCAUCUUUUACAAAGCCCAUAGCAGCCACCUCUCCUGCAGUGCCAACAGUGGCAAGCAUGGGUUUUAUACCAACCAAUUGCCCCGUGGUACCUGGUCCUGCCGUCCAGCCAGAAGUUGGAUCGAAUCCUUUCGCAUCCCGUACAUCUGUGCCUGUUAAGGUUCUCCCAUACAAUAAUUUCACAACUGGGAAUGGUAGCAGUGCUUCUCAAUUUUCACAACCUAUUGUUGGACACAUGAGCAGUAGGGCGCAGACAGUUAGGUAUGCUGGUCAGCAUCCUGUUCAGGCUGGACCGACCUAUGUGCAUCCCAAUACUCAAGCUGUUAUGGUAGGACGAUUUGGACAGCUUGUCUAUGUGCAUCCAGUUUCUCAAGAUUUGGUUCAGGGUACACCAACCAUCUCACCACUAUCUGCACGUCCUAUGUUGACUCCACAUCAGGUCCAGUUUCCAAAGCACCAAGGAACUGCAGGCCAAGCAUUGCAGCUGUGUGUGCCUCCGCAGUUUAUGGCUACUGGACAGCAGCCUUUUCCCAUUGCCAAGUCGCAUCCGAUUUUUGCAACCUCCCUUCCGUUCUAAUUGUCUCAUCCAAGUUCCAGAUUCUAAUGAUAUCUUCCCCAAGUUUGGUGAACAAGUUUUCUCACUCAUGACCUCAGCUGGCAUUUAAUUACAGUAUAUAUUUAUCAUAUUAAUACAAAGUUUUGGCCUCGAGUUUUUUGCUGGACAAAAGUCCAUUCAGGUUAUUCUCUAUACAUAGAAAGCUAGAGAACUUUUACACAAGGGAACCUGUCAAACCUGAUUAGGGGGAUGAAGCUUCAUUCAAUUUUUUUUUUGUUUGAAAAAUGUGGUGAUUGUUUUUUUUUAUAGAAAACAGAAUAGGGUUGAAUAAUUUUGAGAAGAGAGCAACAUGUAAAGUACUUGAAAAAACAGAUGGACUGAUUCUGUUGAUUCUAAAUUUCAUAAUCCCUGAUGUUUAUAUCUUCUGAUUUGUUGGAAGUUUUGCCAUUGUGCCGUGGAUGGUUCAUUUAUAAAUUGUAAUGAACCCUUGAUAUGAGAUGAACAGUAUCUUUAUUUUUUUGUUA